UUAAAUGAAGGAUGCAGGUGGUAAAGCAAGUGAGCAGGAAAUCACAAAGAACCUUAUGGAUGGACAAAUAGUGAAUGGCGAGAGUAUCACUGGUCUGGCUGGUCAUCCUUCACAACACAUUGCGUUACACUUGCUUUCAAAGGUUCUUGAUGAUGAGACCAUUUUUAACCUUGAAGAAGGCAACAAUCCUCCUGCAGAGACAUUCGUACCACUCACGGUCGAUCCUUCGAUGAGGUGUGUUGCCAAAUUCUAUUUGUCUUCAUUCUAUCUUUCUCAUGUUUGAGAUUGCUGCUAAAUUAUACACACGUGUUCAUACAUGCACUGCACAAAUUUAAGCGACAUACCGAGGUAAUACCGGUAAUUAUAAUAAAAUCAUAAAAGACCACAUUGACUAAAAUUAUGAUUUGAGUUAAUUUCAAAUGAUCUUUGAGUAAAUAUGUGGAUUGAACAAAUUAUUACGGAUGGGAAAACCUAAAAUUAGGUAGUAAGUUUGCACUGUAUAUGUUUAGAUUUUCUAAAUAAACCUAUACUGCGCAAUGUAGCACUCGUAGUAGUACUUGGAGUUUCUGUGUUAAUCGCAGUGUUAGUAUAAUGUCAUAGAAAAUCGUCGAUGUUGAUUCGCGUCAGAAAAACUAGCUAGUAAAGCCACAAGAGCCAUCGCGUGAAACAUCUGUAUCUUCCAGGUAACGUUGACCGUAACAAAGUUUCGCUAGGGAAUUAAUCUUUCUCAGGGCAUCAACAUCCACUUUUUUUACAAUAUUAAAGUGCCUAUUAAACAGGGUUCGUAGCGGUCUUUGAAAUCCUUGAAAGUCUUUAAAUUUGAAUGCAUGUUUUUAAGGUCUUUAAAAGUCUUUAAAUUCUUUAGUGUUUGAUUAUACGAUUUCCUAGCUAAUAAAAUAGAUUGAUUGAAGCAAUAUUUUCGCAAAUAUCGACGAAAAGGCAUAUUUCAGGAUGUGAUUUGACGGGACUAAUUAUUGGGUAAAAAUGUUGCUUACGCCUGCAAUUUUUCGACAGCUGAUUGCUCUCAAACGUCUUUGAAAAAAGUCUUUGAAAAUAGGCAGCAAAAAUCUUUGAAAGUCUUAAAUAUUUUUGGUUUUGGAGACAACGAACCCUGCUAAAUGUACAAUGCUGGUAAUUAAAGACGAGUAAAGUUAACGUAACUGUUCUUUGUGUGCCUUACUGUAUGUUGUUUCCUGUAUUUUCCAGGCCUGGUGAAGUUGCUUUAUCUUGGUUAUCUCCAAGCCCUCAACCUUCUCCAGAAUCUGUUCUCAAGCCAGAACAACAAUCUUCAUCUUUCCCCGGCGAACAUAUCUGGCAAAACCAUGCUGAUGUGAAUCACAACAAUUCCAUGAACAUCCCAAUCACGUCUCCCAGCCCUGUCCCGACACAUGGCUGGCUCAUCCAAUCCUCAACAUCAUCUCCUGGAACAUAUUUGGGACGAAGUGAGAACGGUACGCCCUUUAUGAAUGGUUAUGGCAGUCUUCCCUCACCACAAAUGUCAUCCUCAGUAGAAAGUCUUGGUAAUGGUGGGUUCUUUGGUCCACAGUAUUGCUCUCCCACUGUUCAUGAUGAUUGGACGCAUUUGAGUGACUCAGAAAACACUCGUCGUGGAGACCUCGUAGACCAUGCAGGAUCAUUUGACUACAGCAGGGUUUCACCAGCACAUCCACCUGUAGGUCUUGUAUGCCUAAGUGGUUCGUGGCCCCAGAAUGGACAGGUGGGCAAAGAUUAUGAAAAAAGUGAAGUGGAAACCCAAAUACCAAAGAACGGGUGCUGCAGCUCAUGGAAGGGAAGUGAACUUGUGGAUUAUCAAACCAAGCCCAUACCCUUUCAAAGGUCAAUUUCUUGUAAAUCUGAUGAUGAUUCGUGGAUUGGUCGCGGCAAGGAAAGCCUGACGGGUUCUUCGUAUGCCAAACAAAAUCUAAGCAAUGAAUUGCAUUUGAGGAUCGAUCAGUGUUACGAGCAGCUGAGAUAUCUUGAAAAAGAACGGCGUAAGGUGAGUUGAGAUUAAGUUUGUUCUCACGAGCAAACCUGCUGUGUAUCGCAUAUACUUAGUUAACGAGGUCAGCGCAUGUUGGUGGCACAUUAGUUGCGUGCGGUAUGGCUUUAACCUCCGCGAUUCUGGUUCGUUUCCUAGGUGUACUGGAUACGAGGUGAAUUUUUCUAGUUUAACUCUUCCAAUUAGAAAUACGAUUGAGUUUGUAUGUCAAACAGCGCAGGUUUUCUCCAAGUGCAGUAGUACACUCCGGUUUCCUGCACUGGACUAGAAAGACGAAGCCCAUGCUGGAUCUCUAGAGAUUAGAACUGACAAACCUAUCCAGUUUAAAAAAGUUGCACAGUUUAGAUUAAGUAUAAUAAAGAUAUCAUGCGAAGAUAGCCGGUAUUAAACCUAACUUAUCUCGAGGAGGUCGUAAGCUAAUAUACUGUAUGAACUGUAUGUAUGUACCCUUAUAGGUUCUGUAAUUGUAAUUCUGCUCUCCUUUACCUUCGUAUUCAUCAGUCACAACGUCAUAGUUAUUUCUGUUAAACCGUUUUGUAUUCUAUUAAUUAGGCAGAGAUAGAUAUCAGCAAAUUCUGGCCAACAAGAAGGGUGUCAUCAGGUGGUGUGAAUGUAUCUACUGGGCGAUUACAUCACAGUCCAUCGCGUGUUGAUAAACUUUUAGUUGAUGUGCAAAAGGAGCAUGCUAAGGUAACUCUUGUUUAACUUUUACAAAAUGUAUAUCAACAUGUGGUGCGAUAUACUGUGUUGUUGUACAUUUUGUGUAUAGCUUUAUCGUCAGGUGCGUCCGUUUUAGAAGAAAAUUUAGUUUUUUUUCGGAAAUUUUUAUUCAAUUUUGCUUUUUUCCAUCUGAUAAAACACUUUUGGUUUUUCUAUAGCUUCUUGAAACUUUGCACUAUACUUAAGAUUUCUGAGAUUUAUUGGCUUUGUAUAGCUAUCAAUAUUUCUGAACUUGACUACCAUAUCCUACCAUAUCCUACCCCGUAACGCUGAGUGAAUCCCACCAAUAUACCUUAUGCAUAAUGACGUCACAAGGCUUGAUGCCCGCGAGGAAUGCUGGUCUCAGUAGUCAUCGCCCAGGAAAAUUUCGAUAUAUAGUGGCCAUUUUGAAUUGUUUAAUUUUCCCGGGCGAUGACUAUUAAGACCAGCAUUCCUCUCGGGCAUCAAGCCUUGUGACGUCAUUAUGCAUAAGGUCUAUUGUUAAACUAGUUUACCCACAGGGUAGUAAAAGCUGCCUUGGUGUAGCAUUGUUCCCAAAUCUUUAGUAUUUUAAAGAACAAGAAUAAGAACUAUUUGUAAUGAAUGGGAAUCAUCCAUAAUUUAUACAUCAACAUUUUCAAAAACGGCCAGUUAGACCAGGGGUUAAAGGGCAAUGACAAUGACAUGAAGGUGACAUUUUACAUGUGCGACUGUGCGUCUCACUAAUUAAAAUUUGCGUGUUUAUUAAUAAUGUUUAUCAAAGAAAGCAAAAAUAUAUACAAGACAAUCUCACAUGUGGAAUUUGUUCACUUACGCACUGCCUUGUGAUGCAGUACAAGUAUAAAUACAAAUGACAAAGCAUUUGUAAAUCCUAAAACAUAAUUAAAUCAUACGGCACAUUCAAGAUUUUAAUAUCGUAUUUCAGCCGCGUUUAUACUGCUUGGCGCAUUCCCUGCGUUAUAUUCAUAUAUACACAGAUUUAUUACUAUGACAAAGUGUAUAAAUAAACCUUUUUAAAGCAUGUCAUUUGCAUUGCAGACCAGAGGCAAAAAGCAUUUGUCAACCACAUACCAAAUUUAAGCAAUCGUUAAAUCAUAUACAUGUCAUGGAAAGAAUAUGGAAAUAAUGUUGAAUGAAAGCAUCGGUGAUCGCGUAUAAUGUUAAAAGCACCACGUAUAAUGCUGGAACCACUGCGUAUAAUUACAAAAGCACCGCGUAUAUAAAUGGUGAAAGCACCGCGUAUAAUGCCGAAAGCACCGCCGUAUAAUGCUAAAAGCACCCAACAAAAUGCUGUUUGAUCACUUUAAGCCAGCUAUGGCUUUCCACUUUUUUACAUUACUUUGAUACCCUGUGUCCCUGACUCUGUUCUUAUUAUUGUAAGGUGGAGGCUCUUGUUGGAAGGAUAGAACGUAUCAGACAUUCGCCCCUCAAUAUAAACAUCAGUGAAAGUGUAGAUGAAAUGAUGGCGUGUAUUCGUCGGUUGCAGUCGUCUCGUAAGGAUGAGAUCAGUGGAUCAACUGCAAGAAACAAGAAUGUGACUGCAAUGCGUUCACCUGAUGGAAGAGGUACUGUAAAUGUUUUUUUCGAGCUUAAACCUAUAAACUGCAGUUUAUAUUGUGCUUACAUAUUGAGCGAACCUGGUCAAUGAUCUACCAAUUGAGCGAUCGAGAUUAGCCCUAAAACCAAGAACAAAAGAAAGUAAUGAUCAAACUCAUUCUAAUGCAAGUGAAUUUAAUUUCAAGGUACUGUAAAUAUUUGAACCAUUAAUAAUGAUUUAGAAUUGAGUAGCACUGCACGGAGACCGCGGAAAAGUCCCAAUAUGACUGUGAGAAAUAUGCAGGAAAGUCUCUUCGCCUCUCUUCUCCAAUACACCCUUCCGGAAAGUACUCAGCCUUAGCUAUUAUAGAGCCUCGUUUUCGUCAUUUGCGAUAUUGGGUCCUUUAUCUUGGUACGGAUGGACACAUUUACGAAAUCAUAGAGUUACAUUAGUCAAUAUUAUAUAAUCAUGGAGUUGAGUAAGCUGUUGAUCAUUUAGGUCAUCGGUGACAAGUUAAAGGACUCUAAAGCCGAUAUCUCAAACCCGAAAACGAGGCUGUAUAGUCAAGGCUUUUCGGAAGUCGAUUGACUAUGUUCAUUGUAACCACAUGAACAUUGUAAGUAAGCAGCCGUUUGUCAUUCGAACGAAAUCCCAAUUAAAAUCAUACCAGUAAAGAACAGAAAUACUGUACUGUUGAUGCAUAAUUGUAUUAUAUUUUCUAGAUAUAAUUUCGCUUAUCUCAGCUGUGCGAGAACUGGCGCUGAAGACACGGGGCUGUCGAACUGCGGUGUGGUGUGCUUCUCAGUUGGUUCUAAGUGAAAUGAUGAAAACAGGACUUACGGCGCCGAGGUCACGUCGUUCGAGCAGCAAUAGCGAGAGUGGGAUCGAGUCUUCUCCGAGUCCAGCUAGCGGCAUGGUUUCAUAGGCACAGUUCUUUUGUAUUGUCUACGAACACGCGUGUUAUUAGUGGCAAUGUUGUGUACAGAUGGUUACUUACACCUCGCUGGUGCUUUGAAUUUAUCUCAAUUUAGUAACCUACAAAAAGCUGGCAGUGUUCAUGCUCUUAUUAAGCUUUAUUAAAUAGUGCACAAUUUCAGCAUCUGUGCGGCUUAACAUGUUCUAUCACUAACGAGUGUUUGCCAGGCCGGAUUAGCUUUAACAUCCAUUCUUUGGUUAUUGGUAUUAAACCGGUUAUGCCACAUCAAGACAUAUAUUUGGGUCAAAAUUGUUAUUGUAAUAUUUGAGACAUUAUUAUGCGUGGAAAGAAUUUCGUACUAUAUUCUUGCAAAUUAAAUAUUAGAGGUAAUGGUUUCAGGAACAAAGUUGGGUUUAAGGAAUUAAAAGUUGUGGGUUAUUGAUAAACGGAACUGCAUCUAAUGGAUAAAUUACAUAUAAAGAAUUUAAUCCAACAAACAUAUAGUGUGUAACAGCUUCAAUAUUUCCUUUAUAACCAUAAAUAAAUUAAGUCAUCGUGUUUUCAAGAGACACUGAAUUGUCUAUGAACAACAAAUGUACAGAACAUAUUGAGUAGUUCACACAUAUCGUAAAGAAUUUAGCAUUUUAAAGCACUGUAGUUGACAUCACACAACUUAAUAAAAUUGUGUUCAUCACAGCGUGUCAAAA